AUUGUGAAACCGUGCAAUACUUCAGGCUCCAAAAAUGUUCUGAGAUGAGGAAUGAAAGACCUUCCAAAAAGUCACCGCGACCAAACCAUCCUAAGGAAGAGACGGUGCCCCAGAAGAAAGAAAGAACUACUUGACAGAUUGAGGGCAAAGCUUCGCUUCUGUGGAGGAGUCUAAAUAUGAAUCUGUGGAGCUUUGUCAAUGUGCCGAAGAGAAGAACCUGGCAGGGUAGACAGAGGAGACUUUGUCAAUAGCCUUGGCUCCCACACAGCUCAGCCUGUUCACUCACUCCCUGCUUUUCACCUCUGCCAUCCCAAGAAAAUGCAGUGGGUCCUCAUCUCCACCCUUCUCACAAUCCUUUAUGCUCAGCAGCUUUCUUUCAGGGCAUCAGGCCAGAGGCAGCAGCAAGGAAACAGCGGAGAAAGUGCAGCAAACAGUGAACUGCAUCAGCGCCAAGAGUUAUGUCACUGGCCCUGCAGAUGCCCACCUGUGCCAAGCUGCAGUCCUGGGGUGAGUGUGGUGAGAGAUGGCUGCGGAUGUUGCAGGAUGUGUGCCAAACAAGCCAACACCACCUGUAAUGAAGCAGAGGUCUGUGACCAUCACAGGGGACUCUACUGUGAUUACUCUGCAGAUAAGCCUAGGUAUGAAAGAGGAAUAUGUGCAUAUAUGAUAGCUGUUGGCUGUGAGCUGAGUGGUGUCUACUAUACCAAUGGCCAACAUUUCCAUCCGUCUCCUCUCUUUUCAUGCCUGUGUGUGAAUGGUGCAAUUGGAUGCACACCGGUAUUCAUCCCAAAGUCAGCAUCAAAUGACUGUGCUUUGCUGAAGGACAAAAAGAAAGUUGGACCUUCCAAAUGUGCUUCAGGGCAUUUGGAAGAACAGCGAUCAAGACAUCAUCGAAUAAUGUCAGCUUUCAGAAACGUUCCUCUUGUUUUGAAAAAGAAAUGCCUGAUUCAAACAUCCCCAUGGACACCUUGCUCCCGAACUUGUGGUAUUGGCAUCUCUGACAGGGUGACCAACGGAAACAGUAAAUGUGAAAUGAGGAAGGAAAAGAGACUGUGUUAUAUUCAACCCUGCCAAGCAAAUUUUACAAAGAUUCUGAAGGUAAAUUGUGAUACCCAAACUGCCUCCUUACUCAGAGAGCAAAUGCUUAAUGAACAAGGAUUUAAAAAGAAAUACAGUACAUGGAUGAUUGUGUUGCUAUCAUUUUGCCCUUCAGUUGAGUUAUGGGCUAGGAAAUAGUAGGGCUGAGGAACAGGAGUCACGAUUAAUAGCUCAUUCAUUAUAAUUCUGUGGCCCUUUUCCUACAUUGCUUUUAAAUCUAUUAAUUACUUCUAUUUAAGAAUUUGUUGCCUUCUCUGUUUUAGUGAUUGCUGAAUAAGCAUUUUACAUCAGUUACAUGAGUUCUUGUGCUUGCAGCUCCAGCUCAGAACUGGGAGGAACUUUAGCUAUCAUUAAAUUUAUAACAGAUUAUCUUGAAAUAUAUAGCCCCCCUCUGUCCCCAAACACAUCCAUUAUAAAUUUACUUGA